AUGGCGGACGCCAUUGAUUUCUCAAAAACACAGCGGAUAGUUCUCCUCAUUGACCUCAACCCAUUACUCCAAUCCCAAAACCCUAACCCUAAUUACAUAACCUCCAUUCUUGCUACAUCGAAGAUUCUUUUAGCUUUCCCUUCUCUUUCAUCUUCUCUUUUCUCCUUCAAACUCUUCUUCUCUUCUCUAUCCCCUCUCCGUUCCGCAUCUACACUCUACCGUCUGCUCCCCAAUCAUCUUUCCACUUCCCUCUCCUUCAAUUCUCCUUCCGAAACCCUAGAUUCUAUCUCACAGACCCUUAAUUCCAUCUCUUUUACCCAAUUGACGUAUUCAUCUUCAAAUGCUUCACACACAGUCAGCUCUUUGCUUCAGCUAGCUCACGAUUAUGACUGGGAGUCGGAAAUUGAGAAUGUUUCAGGUAAACCUCAACAUGAUCUUAUGUGUAUUCGCUCGAAUUUGAUUAUUUUGUUGUCUCCGGUUUGUAGAUCGUUGAAAUCUUUAGCUGAAUUUAUGUGUGUUGAUGUAAAUGAUGAUUGUCUGAGGGAUUUAGAUGCUUGUGGUGCUAGAUUUCGUGAUUGUUUUACUGCUGUUAAUGAUGCUUUUAGUGGUAAGGAUAUUCAUUUAUGUUGGGUUGACAUUCAUAGCCAUGAAGAAAAAGUUGAAAGCAAUGAAUCUGAACAGCAGUUUGCUCUUGUUGGGAAUGAGAUUAGGAAAUUUGGUUGGGGAUUUUGUUCGACGGAUUUAAUUGUUCUAGGUUCUGCCCUUCUUUCUUUUGGGUUGAUAUAUCCAAAUAUUGUUGUCUCAUCUAAGUUGCUAUAUUCUCAAAGAUUAGACAAGAGGAUUCGUGGGCAAUUGAACCUUCAAAUUUCAGAUGUCCAUGGUAAGCCUUUGGAGUGUAAAUGCUGUGAUCUUGAAUUGCUGCAUCUGAAGGUGUCAUCUAAGUCUAGAUCCGGUGACAUUAUUAGAACCUGGGAAGUUGGGAGCUCAAAUGCUCAAGCUGUCAAUCUUGUGAAUACAUUUUUGGGUAAUCUAAAUGAUGGAGUUAUGAAGUUACAUGUCACAGCUGUUCGGAGGUACACCAAGUGUGAUAAUUUUGAAGAAUUUUCAUCAGAUCAAUUCCUAGUUCGAUCAACAGAAUCUGGCAAAAAGGAGAAGGAUGGUUCAGACAAUUUGUUUGCUGAUAGGGUUCUUGAACUACUUGCUGGUGAAAAUUCCAAGUUAUUUCACAAGCAUAUGGUUCCAACUUGGCAGAUUUUUCUUGGUUUUCUAUACAGGGAGGGUUACUGGGCUUUGUUAUCUUUAUCAAAUGGCAAUGGGGAUUCUUACAUGGGCAUUCUCAAGCCGUUCACAGUUCAUUCAGCUGUCCUCUCGCUCUUAGAUAAUAACCAUUUGCUCGUUCAAGAUGCUGGUGGAGCAAAUCUUUCCAUGAUAGAGAAUGUAUUUUCUCAAGGUGAGAGUGAUUCUCAAAAGGGUACUUCCCCCUCGGGAAAAUCUGUUCAUGUAGAUGAUGGAAAGAGAAGAAAGGUAAAAAAGCAUACCUUUCGGGACCUCACAUGGAGCUCAUUCUGCAAGGGGGCAUAUGAGUCUUUGGAUUUGGACUUGGCAGAGGUUUACUUUGCCAAUGGCUUUAAAAAGUCGAAGAAGUUGAAGUUUCUGAAAUGCUGGAUGAAGGAAGUGAAAAACAAGGGCUUACUUUACAAUAGCAUACCAGAUGGAUCAAGCCAAGCGGCUCCAGAUUCAAAUAAGCAAAAAGAGACGAAUGUAAAUGAAAAUUUGGCUGCAAGCUACCAAGAAUGCGAUAAACCUCUGUCAAUGCAUAUUUCUUCUGAUCAGUCAAGAAUGCAGGAGGAUGCCACUUCUUUAUCAAGUUCAGAAACAUCAGAAUCAUUUUUCAGUAACCUGCCUACGAAAAUUCACCAGGGGCUUGAAUCUGAUGGAGUGGACUUGAAGAUCUUGGCAGGGAAACUUGUAGACUCCUCCAUUUAUUGGUUACAUCAAAAGCAUGAUGGCACGGAAAAUCAUGACGAAUCUUGUACGAUUCGAGUUUCUGAAGUCAUAAAGUUAUUACUACGUGAGCCGAAAGAUUUGAAGCAACACAAGGAUAGUAACUCAUCACUCCAAUCACUGAAUCAUGGUUCUAGUUCAGAAUAUCUAGUCCGAGAGUAUCCUUUUCUUGUUUUAUAUGAGUUACAAAUUUUGCUCCGGAUGGAGAUACUUCAGUCGGAACUUGCAGCGAGCAUCCAGAGUUCUAUGAAGGUGAAACUUGUGAAACAGAUAUGCUCCCUUUUGGAGAUCAUUCAGUACCUUGUGGAAGGAGGCUUUCAUGGUGAUACGAGUCUUUAUGAUUAUGUUGAGAGAACUAUAAAAUUGAGGUAUUCGCAUAAGCUUGGAGAUGUGGUGGACAAAAUCUAUGAUCAAAUGGACUUAUUGCCAUUUGGUGAAGAAAAUGAAGCGCAGGCUCAAAUGCUCAACAGCGAGGACAGCAAUCAAUCUUGGAGAGAAAAACCCGAUAUGGGUGCAAGUAAGAUGAUCCAAGAUUCAUCCUCUGCAGAAGAUGAAUUUGAAAACAUCAACAAGAGUGAGGAAGAACACACGAAAGAGGAUCAUGCCCAAAAGUUGAAUGAGGCUCGCGAGAGGAGAGAAAGGGCGAGAAGGUUUGUAUCUUUCACAAGCCGAAUGCCAGAUUUGCAGAGGGUCUGGGCUCCAAAGCAUUCAAAGAUCAAACCCCCGUCUUUUGUUAAAGAACCGAAAAGGAAGAAGCAUCGGAGGGUUAGUUAUAGUGUGGUGUGUGAGACUCCAUUGACAGUUAAAGGUGAAGGGAGUAAGGGUUGUAGUUCUGUUUCUAAGGCAUUAUUCCAAGAUGAUGAUGAUGAUGACAGGUAA